AAGACCUAUCACCAAGCGCCUGUAGCUCAGUGGAUAGAGCGUCUGUUUCCUAAGCAGAAAGUCGUAGGUUCGACCCCUACCUGGCGCGUUUCAUGUUUUUUUAACCUUUUCUUAAAACUUAAAACAUGUUUUUUUAACCUUUUUUUCCCUCAAAUCUUAAACCUUAAAACAUGUUUUUUUAACCUUUUUUCCCUCAAAUCUUAAACCUUAAAAUAACCAAAAUGUUACACUGCAUAAUUUACAUGAACAACCAAACAAGAAUUAGAACCGCACCAACCAUGUAUCAACCAACAUACUAUUAUUAAUAAUUUUUCAACUUCAACUAUAUAAUAACCUCCAACUCAGAAUUCAUACACAAGACUCAUCAAAACCUCACCACCUAAAAUGUCUUUAAUAGCAGAAGCACCAGAGUUUCUUCAAGUCUUCUCUGAUGGAACAGUGAAACGUUUCAAUCCAGAAACAUCACCACCUUCUUUAGAUUCAUCCAACAAAUAUAUAUCCAAAGACAUAAUCAUCAACUCAUCAAAACCAAUCACAGGAAGACUCUUUCUUCCCAAUAGUCCAAACAAUAAUCCAAACAAAAAACUGCUCCCCCUUUUAGUUUAUUUCCAUGGUGGUGGCUUCUGCAUUGGCUCAACAACAUGGCUAGGCUACGACGCUUUCCUUGGCGAAUUCUCCGUCGCGUCACAGUCUAUUAUUCUCUCUAUCGAUUACCGUUUAGCACCGGAGCAUCGUCUUCCGAUAGCUUAUGAAGAUUGUUACGCGUCACUUGAAUGGCUUGGUGAGAAUGUGGAAGUUGAACCUUUUCUUGAACAUGCUGAUUUGAAUAAUGUGUUUCUCUCUGGUGAUAGUGCUGGUGGGAACAUUUCACAUCAUGUUGCGGUGAAAGCUAUUCAGAAGAACGGGCUUUGUCCGGUGAAGAUUAAAGGGAUGAUGCCUAUACAUCCUUAUUUUGGGAGUGAGGAAAGGACAGAGAAAGAGAAGAGAGAAGAAAGUUUUGAAGAUGUGAGAAUGAAUGAUAUGUUUUGGAGAUUGAGUGUGCCGGAAGACUCAAACCGUGAUUAUUUCGGUUGUAAUUUUGAGAAGAAUGAGGUUUCUGAGAGUGUUUGGUUGAAGUUUCCUGCUGUUGAGGUUUAUGUUGCUGGGGAGGAUUUUUUGAAGGAAAGAGGUGUUAUGUAUGGUGAGUUUUUGAAGAAGAAAGGUGUGAAAGAGGUUAAGGUUGUGGAGGCUAAGGAUGAGAGACAUAUCUUUCAUGUUUUUUAUCCAGAAUCUGAUGCAACUAGGUUGCUUCAAAACCAGAUGAGUCAGUUCAUGAAGAGAUGUUGUGAGCAUUGAUAUGUUUAUUUAUUAGUAGUGUCAAUAAGAAAUUGUUUCAAAAUGAAAGAUUGUGAUGUUUUCUUGUUAUGUUAAGUUUGUAUUAUCAUGAUUAAUAGAUGAUGAAUUGGGGCUUCAA